GCUAUUCGUACUAUUGGAAUACUUGUUUAAGUCAUAUCGAAAACAAACACCGGCAUUCAUCACCGGAUGAACCGUGGUUAUAGCUUCAGGGAAAACGUGGCACGGGUCAGUGCUUGCUCGAAUGCUGAAGAUCUCGAACACGAUGAAAUUUCGUUAUGAACGAUAGUAAUUUCAUUAGCUGUGAUAUUUGUGAAAUAGAUAUUUUUCUUCUCUUGUGUGAUUGAAAAUAAUUUUAUAAACGUUGAAUUAUUAAGUAGGAGUAAAAUUGAUAUUGAAAAUUGAUUAAUAAUAAUAAUACUGAUAAUGUAUUGAUUAUAAAAAGUGACAAUUGUGAUUGCAACAGUUUGUGCGUUUAAUAAUUCAAUUAAAGAAUAACUGUACACGCGACGUUUUAAAAAGUAAUGGACACAAAUGGACAUUGGAAAUGGAAGUGAAUCGCAUUGACCGGUUCUAAACGCUACUAAACGCUGGAAAGCCGGUCGUACGUUUAUUAAAUUAGCGUCUCUAUGGCGACCAGUGGUCAAGGAAAUCAGUGUUUCGUAGACAGUUGCAGUGACAACGUGUACGACUGUCAAAACGGCACAAAGGUUACGAAAGAAAUCAUGACCUCAUCUCGCGUCUCAUCCUCUCGCUAGUGAAACGGUCCAAGUGAUUUUCGCGGGAAAAGACGAUUCGUCGACGAGCUCCAUGCUCGCUAAGAUCGUACGAUUAUAUUAUCGUUCGUUUAGUGUUCUUAGAUAUCGAAUCUUCGUCACGUCUUCGUCGCCUAUACAGAAGCCAGCCAAGUAUAUUGUUUGAUGCAUCAUCAAAAUUGAUAGAAGAGAAAAUUGCGUAUCAUAAUCCGUUCAAAAUGUUUUGCCUGAAAGGGAGAGGCAAUAACGAUGGAAGAUUUAAAGAAUCGUUAAAGGAAGAAGAUUUCGGAUGGUGGAUAAAUAAUGAAGAUGACUUCAAGUCCCCUAGAUCCAACCAGACCAGAGAAUGCCAAUCGUUAGGAUCCUCGGAAUCGAUGCUUUCUUGUGCAGAUUCAGACGACAGCGAAUCUUAUUUUCUUGCACAGGAAUUCAGGGACGAUUACAAUGAUGACUGUGAAAGGAUAGAACUCACGUCUUUGAUUCACCACGAUCUGGACAUCGAUCUUAUUGAAAAGGAUGCGAUUCCGAAAGAAGGAGGUAUCACAGCAUUUUCAGCGAAAGAAGCGAAACAAUAUUUCGACGCGACAGAAACAAAGUCGAACAUGUUUCAGGCUAUCUGUUACACGCCGGAAAGGUUGGUCCGAUCCCAAGAAUACAGAAUUCUAACACCAUCGCCACGUUAUUUGUCCAUCUGUCAGUCAAGAGUGACGGGAGAAACGGAAAAUCAUCGAAAUACUUUCCGUAGCCAACGGCGAUUGAACUAUCUUAUCGACUCUAAGCAACUUGGUACAACGUUACUGAGUUCGAAUAGCGAAGAGAUGGCACUAUCAACUAUCACCUGCCACGAGUGGAGGAGUGACCAGAGGAUCUGCAAUGAUAAUCUUUCGACAAAGAACAACAACGAUCCCAAAAUGGAAGAUAAAUGUCUAAACGGUAUAGAUGGCAAGAAUUCGAACAGUUUACAAACACCAAAUGUCAUCAGCAAGAAGUCUAGUUACGAGAGGUUCACUGUUAGCUCCGAAGAUGGUGAGAAGAUGGGAAUUCAUAGCUCCUCCUUGGAGGAUAAUUCGAGUAUACGAAGCAAUGAUUGGAGUUUGGAUUCGCACAAUUCGCAAAGUACUCCCCUGUGUCUCAGCGACGAAUUAGCGACAACCAGUUACAAGCUUGACACAUCGCAGGAACGAUGUUCAGCUGUCAACGAGGUGGUGUCAAUUCUCGAGGUACUCGACACGAAUCCUGAGAAAGCAACGGUCCUUCUUGAGGAAGAUCGUUUCUGUGACAGCACCUCCUCUCACGAUCGAAUAACCAGGCUGGCCCUGGCAAUUGAACCAGAUACAAAUGUAUCUGGGGUUGUUGAACAUCCGGAUAAUUUGGUGAAGAAUCUCCGGAACAAGGUAGAGAGACUUCAGACUAACAGCAAGGAUAUUUACAAGGAUAUAUCUGAUCUUCGGAGAAGCUUUCAGCGUGACGAACAAAGUAUAACAAACAUCACGUCCAACGCGAGUAAACUGCGACAGGAUAUUCAAGAACUGCGACACCUUGAUGAUCUAUUAAAUCUUCUUCGUGGAGAAUUGAAAAGAAUCUCAAAAAGAAAUUGGCCAUUCAUUGAAGGACGUACAGAAGAAUAUAAUUCGGAGGAAAUGAAUCUCAUCGUAUGAACGAGCUUUUCAAUUUUGGGAAAAGAAGGCUUUUGAAAAUGAUGUAUUUUAUUACCCAAGAAGAACACAAUUUUUUUGUUAAAGAAGCACGUCGAAAGUGUUUCACUGCCUCUGUUACUCCACGACGAUGUGAAGAUAGUUUUAUAAAAGAAACUGCUAAUAUCGUUGCCGCCGAAAUCUCAAAAAAGGAAUUUUCCAAAGGGUAAUAAUAAUACAUUUCAAGAGAGGUGUACACCAUGAAAAUUACAGAUUCUACGUGAAAAAAGAAAUCGAAAAGUCCUUUACCGUUUCACAGUCUGUUGCUUCGUUUCUGAGAUAUAAGCGAUUAAAGAUUGGAGAUACAACUUCCGGGGUGCCUAGGCUCGCACCCCGGAAGUUGAACGCCUGAUCUUUAAUUCUUUAUAUCUCGAGAACGAAGAAACAGAUUGCAAAAUGAUAAAGAACUUUUCGAUUUGUUUUGUAAUGUACAAUUUUUCUAUGGAGGAAUUUUUGUAAUUAACAAUCGAUAAAGUUGUCAUGUUAAAUCUAAGCUGUUGUUGAACAAACUGUUGCCAGUAUUAGUUUAGUACUUAAUCGCAGGAUUUAAUUAAUUGUGUACCUUUACACGUGUGAUACCCUCUUUAUAAAUGUAUAAUCUAAAUGUUUUGAAAAAUAUAUAUUUUGGAAUCCUGUUUUGUACCGUAA